AUGGAGGACCGCGAAUCAAGCCCAGCGUCGUCGGUCGACUUCUACGGCUCUGAUGCGAAUCCUCCCCAGGCGACGCCUGCGCACAGCGACGCGUCUGUCGCAAAGCGCAAGGCAGAGGAUGCGCCCCAUGAGCGUGAAAAGAAGCGCAAGCUCAGCAGCGCGAAGCCGCUCGUGAAGCUACCACCCGAGUUGUGGCAGCAUGUUUUCUCUUUUUGUUCGCUUGCAGAUCUCGGUCGAUUGAUCCAGGUCAAUCGAUCUUUCCUAUCCUAUCUCACAGACGUGCGCAGUCUGUCGACUUCAAAGUCGCAUCCUGGCCGUCUGCAUCUCCUAAAGUCCGAGUCGUUGUGGGCCUCUGCCCGCAACGCAAUGUGUACCAAGCCCCCGAAGCCGCUCCCAGGCUUCAGCGAGCUGCGCAUGUGGCAGCUGGCUUGGUCCAGGAGAUGUCAGUUCUGCAAUAAGCUUGAUUCUCUGACUCCAGGCGAGCGCAUAUGGCAAAAGGGCCCCGGCAAAGAAGGCGUCCGCGUCAUUUGGCCCUUCGCCAUCAGAGCCUGCGGGCCGUGCCUGCUCAAACAAUGCCAGACGGACGCGAGCCUUCUCUUCUCGGCUGCCUCCGCCCUGCGGCCCGCCCUCCCGUUCGCCCUCCUCACCAGCGACCAGCACUACAUUCCGGCAUACACCCUGCAAUCUGCGAAUACGCCGGCCGACGUCGACAUUGCCAAGUUCUACUACAAGCAGCAUGUCGAGGAGAUCACGCAGGAGAUGAACGAGGCCAUCAGCCGUGGCCCUGCAGCAGCUGAGGAGUGGUCCAAAGGACUCGAUGCUCGCGGAAAAGAACGCAUGAAAGUCGCCGAGAACUGGGAACGCUGGGAGGUCAAGAACCUGUGGCAGGAGGAGCACGAGCGUGCGAAGCGCGCUCCAUCUGCAGCUCCCUCGCAUGCCGCCACGUCACACAAGGACCCGUCUAAAUCACCCCCUCGUCGAACUCCCUCUCCCAUAAUUCAUGCUCCGGUUCCAGCGAGUAAGUAUACCUCUGCUGUCUCAUUUGCUGCCACACAUGGCGAUGCCUUUCGAUAUGUCAACAACACCUCUCCAGUCCCCUCCCUAACAGGUGUAGCACCAUCGUCGCAGCAUGCGCAAGCGCGACCGCCUACUGUUCCACCACAGGCUUUCACCCCUUCUGGCCAGAGAAACCUACACGAUGCAAACGAGGCCAAGGCGACCCGGAAGACCGACAUAGAACGCCGGUGUCAGCAAAUGGACCCUCCUAUCGCUCCCAACGUCUUGCGCCACAUGGACUCGUUCAAAGCGGCUAUCCAGAUUUCACAGCCAAUGAACGACUAUGCAUGGAGUGUGCUCCAACCCCGCUUGAUCGCUCAGCUCCCUGCUGCCCAACAAGCAGAAGCCGACCACGUGGCUCGGGCUGCUUCGUUUCCCACAAAAGCUGCCGACCGCCGCCACACGGACGCCAAUUCCAAGGAGGCCAGGGAAGUCAUGGACCGAGAGUGGGAAGAGUCGCAACGACCCAUCCGCGACAGACUCGAAGCCAUCGCCGACGACUUCAUCAAUCAGAGCUGGGACCAUGGCAGCGCCGUCACUUACGACAACAGCCCAAAGUUUGCGGCCGACCUCCUUGCUCACGUGCGCCGCACAUACUAUGCCGAGGAACCCGAACAGGACUCUGAUCAUCCCGGGCAACAUACGCAGCCUUCUACUGACAAUAUAACUACUAGGCCCAGGCUCGUCCUGGAUAACAUGAAAUGGGUGUACGACAACAAGAUCAAGCCUUUGACAGAACCAUUCCGGAAGGACAUCUUCCUGUGCCAUGGUGGCGGAUGCGAGUACAACAACAAGUACUAUGGUUUCGAGGGCGUCACGCAGCACUACGGAGCCAAACAUACUGCUGCCUUCAGUUCAGGAAACGUGGUCGUUGCAUGGAGAGAAGCCGAGUGGCCGGAGGAGACUCCCUUCCACCCAGAUCCUCUCUCUGUGAAGCAACCUCAACAUGGUCAUCAUCCCUCUUCUAGUACGAAUGGGUUUGGUGGCUAUUUUGGCGGAUACUCACGCGCAGGGACAUCAACACCUCACAUGCCAACUCACCAUCCACAGGCGAGCCCUGGUCCUUACAACUAUGGAGGCCAGUACAAUGGACCAUUCGCUCCACCACAGGUUCCUUCUGGCUUCGAGUACCCCCAGCCAUAUGCGACACCCGUGGAUAUGUAUGCACAUCAAGCAAUGGGUCCACCAGGUUAUGGUGCUCAUGCGGCCCAGAACCCUUACCUGACUUCUCCAGCGAUGAUCAACAAUGCCAUAGCUCCACCACCACCCAACAUGCCACCACCUAGCCAAGGAAUUCCUGAGAUCGCUCCUAGCGGUACAGAAGAUACUGGCCAAAGUACUAGCUCGUUUGACAAGCAAGUAAGUACCGUCAUCGACAUGACCCAGGACAUCUGGAAACGCACCUCGGGGAUCAAGGACAUGCCGAAUAGCCUCCGGAUCUAUGUGUUGCUCCAUCGCGUCAUCUCCAAGUUUCAUGUAGAGUUCAAUCAUGAACCGAACCUGAACCACUUCAUUGAUGCUCUGUCUAAUCAUGAGAUGCCAAAGGCUUUGAAGAAUGCACCAGGUCUCUCAUGCAAAGCUUGUCAGACGGGCGCUUCGCAUAACUUGGGAGGUUCCUACUACUCCAAGUCGGAGGAAAGAACAACUUAUACUGUCCUCGGCCUGUUAUCGCACUUCAGGAGCCAGCAUCUGCCUUUUCAGCAACCAAUGCCUGGCCACGGAAUGCCUAUUGCCCCUCUGGACUGGAAGGAACACAUGAUCGAGCUUCCAAGCGAACGGUUCAUUUCUGGUCUCAUACACGCCCCAGGCAUGGAUGACGAGAAGCUGCUAAUGAUAGCGACCGUCUUUCCCAGCUUGUUCCCUAUGCCACUGCCUAAGAUCGGCGUGAUUGAUAGCCAUGGAUUAGCUUCCCCAGCCUCGUCAGGACCGAAGGAUUCAGACAAAACGACUGGCCCAGCCGAUGUUGCUGGUGAGGGAAUAGCACGCCCCAACUCUGUUAUGAAAGCAGCAGAAGCAAAUUCGGCGCUACCACCUAAACCGCUGGAGGCUGGUUAUGAGCCUGUUCGACCAAGCCUUGCCGGCGAAUCGAAUGAGGCGUCGGGCUCCAUGAACAGGAAACGUUCAUAUCGAGAGAGCUCCCCCGCAGAGCGUCCUACAUAUGAGGAUUACACCGGCCGCCGAACAGCGUUCCGCGAGCAAGAGCGAUUCUAUGGACCACCCGAGGACGUGGUCUACGCACAUCCGCGGGAAGGAAGCCACGGCAGUCGGGAAUACAGUGCCUAUCCCCGCCAGGCUCGAUACUAUGAAGAAGAUGAUCAUCGGCCCGAAUACCGGUUCAUGAACGAGCGUCAGUCAAGGGAUGCCAGUCCACCUCAAGGGCAAUCUGCAGCAGAUCGGUUCCUAGCAGAGAACGAACCCCCACAACCACAACCACAGUCCGAAAAGCUCCUGCACCAGCAGAUGCAACAGCACCUGUUCGCCCACUUGCGCCCCCACAUCCUCGAGCUCCUUCCACUGUUUCCAACAACUCCCGAUAUGACGACUAUCAACCUAACGGGUAUCGGAUGCCAAUGUCUGGACCAAGCGGUCCGCCACGAAGGGCUGGACCUCAACGCCGAAGAGAUCGGCCUAACGAAAACCGGGGACCGUCUCGAUAUCAGCGAUACAUGA